AUGUGGUACGCCCAAGCCAUCUACAUCGGGAUGGAGGUGAUCAUCGCAGUGACUUCAGUGAUCGGAAACGUGAUGGUUGUCUGGGCGGUGCGGAUCAACCGUUCGCUGCGAGACACCACCUUCUGUUUCAUAGUGUCUCUGGCUCUGGCAGACAUUGCGGUGGGGGCUCUGGUCAUCCCGCUGGCCAUCACCAUCAACAUCGGGUUCAAGAUGCACUUCUACAGCUGCCUGCUGGUCACGUGCACCAUGCUGGUGCUCACGCAGAGUUCCAUCCUCGGGCUGCUGGCCAUCGCUUUUGACCGUUACCUGAGGGUGAAAAUACCCAUGAGGUAAUAGUAAGAGUUAGAGAAAUGUGAAAUAUUGUGCUUUGCUGAGUUUUCUUUUUUCUUUUGUCUCUGUUUGCAUGCUUUCUUUGCCAAGGUCAGUAGGUCAAACAUUUGUCUCGUUUGUGUGUUGGCAGUGGCAUUUUAGAUAUUGUGCAGUAUAGGCUAUUUUGUUGCAGAUUGCCUGAAUAGGCUACUCAGCCUAUUUCACAGUGAGCUCCACAAGUAUUGGGGCAGUGACUUUUUUUCUCUCUUUGUUUUGGCUCUGUACUCCAGUACGUUGGAUUUGAAAUGAUACAAUGACUAUGAGGUUAACGUGCUGUCAGCUUUAAUUUUAGGGUAUAUAGAAAUUAAUUGUAAAUAAUGUAUUGUGUCAUUUUGGAGUCACUUUUAUUGUAAAUAAGAAUAGAAUACGUUUCUAAACACUCCUAGAUUAAUGUGGAUGCUACCAUGAAUAGGUAUAAUCCUGAAUGAAUCGUGAGUAAUGAUGAGUGAGAAAGUUACAGCUGCACAAAUAUCCUACCCCCCCCCCCCCCAAAAUGCUAACCUCUCCUGUUAUUGUAAUGGUGAGAGGUUAGCAUGUCUUGGGGGUAUGAUAUUUGUGCGUCUGUAACUUUCUCACUCAUUUUUCACGAUUCAUUCAGGAUUAUCUAUGAUGGGUGAUUUGAAGGAGUCAGGCGCAGGAGGGUAAAUCAUAGAAUAACAGGAUUGAUUCCGGAAAACAGAGUUACGCAGCAAUGCCUAUUUUGCGCACUGGAACCAACAAGGCACACUGGGAAAAUAACCCGGCAAUACAAAUUCCAAGGAGCUCAACCUUCACUAUCCUCACAAUAAACAAUCACACACAAAGACAAGGGGGCAGAGGGAACACUUAUACAAGUACUGAUGAGGGGAUAUGAACUGGGUGUGUAAUAAACAAGACAAAACAAAUGGAAUGAUGAGAUGAGGAGCGCCAGUGGCUAGAAGGCCGGUGACGACGAACGCCGAAGCCUGCCCGAACCAGGAGAGGAGGCAGCUUUGGAGGAAGUCGUGACAUUAUCCGUAAUCAUAGUAGCAUCCACAAUAAUGUAAAAGUGUUUGAAACAUAUUUUAUUCUUAUUUACAAUAAAAGUGACAAAGAAAUACACAAUACAUUAUUUACCAUUAAUUUCUGUUGCUUACAAAAUAAUCUGAAACACAACCAAAACAAACAGCAAAUGCAUCCAACAAAUUUGUAGAGUCACAAGCUUGAUGUAGUCAUUGCGUGCUAUGAAAAUGGGACCAAAUACUUAGCGUUUUACUACUUUAAUACACAUGUACAAUGAGGGAAAUAAGUAUUUGACCACUCUGCAAAACAUUACUUAGUACUUGGUGGCAAAACCCUUGUUGGCAAUCACAGAGGUCAGAUGUUUCUUGUAGUUGGCCCCCAGGUUUGCACACAUCUCAGGAGGGAUUUUGUCCCACUCCUCUUUGCAGAUCUUCUCCAAGUCAUUAAGGUUUCGAGGCUGACGUUUGGCAACUCAAACCUUCAGCUCCCUCCACAGAUUUUCUCUGGGAUUAAGGUCUGGAGACUGGCUAGGCCACUCCAGGACCUUAAUGUGCUUCUUCUUGAGCCACUCCUUUGUUGCCUUGGCCGUGUGUUUUGGGUCAUUGUCAUGCUGGAAUACACAUCCACGACCCAUUUUCAAUGCCCUGGCUGAGGUGAAGCUGUCCUGUCCCCUUAGCAGAAAAACACCCCCCAAAGCAUAAUGUUUCCACCUCCAUGUUUGACGGUGGGGAUGAUGUUCUUGGGGUCAUAGGCAGCAUUCCUCCUCCUCCAAACACGGCGAGUUGAGUUGAUGCCAAAGAGCUCGAUUUUGGUCUCAUCUGACCACAACACUUUCACCCAGUUCUCUGAAUCAUUCAGAUGUUCAUUGGCAAACUUCAGACGGGCAUGUACAGUGGGGAGAACAAGUAUUUGAUACUCUGCCGAUUUUGCAGGUUUUCCUACUCACAAAGCAUGUAGAGGUCUGUAAUUUUUAUCAUAGGUAAACUUCAACUGUGAGAGGGAAUCUAAAACAAAAAUCCAGAAAAUCACAUUGUAUGAAUUUUAAGUAAUUAAUUUGCAUUUUAUUGCAAAUUUGCAAAGUAUUUGAUACAUCAGAAAAGCAGAACUUAAUAUUUGGUACAGAAACCUUUGUUUGCAAUGACAGAGAUCAUACGUUUCCUGUAGGUCUUGACCAGGUUUGCACACACUGCAGCAGGGAUUUUGGCCCACUCCUCCAUACAGACCUUCUCCAGAUACUUCAGGUUUCGGGGCUGUCGCUGGGCAAUACGGACUUUCAGCUCCCUCCAAAGAUUUUCUAUUGGGUUCAGGUCUGGAGACUGGCUAGGCCACUCCAGGACCUUGAGAUGCUUCUUACGGAGCCACUCUUUAGUUGCCCUGGCUGAGUGUUUCAGGUCAUUGUCAUGCUGGAAGACCCAGCCACAACCCAUCUUCAAUGCUCUUACUGAGGGAAGGAGGUUGUUGGCCAAGAUCACGCGAUACAUGGCCCCAUCCAUCCUCCCCUCAAUACGGUGCAGUCGUCCUGUCCCCUUUGCAGAAAAGCAUCCCCAAAGAAUGAUGUUUCCACCUCCAUGCUUCACGGUUGGGAUGGUGUUCUUGGGGUUGUACUCAUCCUUCUUCUUCCUCCAAACACGGCGAGUGGAGUUUAGACCAAAAAGCUCUAUUUUUGUCUCAACAGACCAGAUGACCUUCUCCCAUUCCUCCUCUUGAUCAUCCAGAUGGUCAUUGGCAAACUUCAGACGGGCCUGGACACUUGAGCAGGGGGACCUUGCAUGCACUGCAGGAUUUUAAUCCAUGACGGCAUAGUGUGUUACUAAUUGUUUUCUUUGAGACUGUGGUCCCAGCUCUCUUUAGGUCAUUGCCCAGGUCCUGCCGUGUAGUUCUGGGCUGAUCCCUCACCUUCCUCAUGAUCAUUGAUGCCCCACGAGGUGAGAUCUUGCAUGGAGCCCCAGACCGAGGGUGAUUGACCGUCAUCUUGAACUUCUUCCAUUUUCUAAUAAUUGCGCCAACAGUUGUUGCCUUCUCACAAAACUGCUUGCCUAUUGUCCUGUAGACCAUCCCAGCCUUGUGCAGGUCUACAAUUUUAUCCCUGAUGUCCUUACACAGCUCUCUGGUCUUGGCCAUUGUGGAGAGGUUGGAGUCUGUUUGAUUGAGUGUGUGGACAGGUGUCUUUUAUACAGGUAACGAGUUCAAACAGGUGCAGUUAAUACAGGUAAUGAGUGGAGAACAGGAGGGCUUCUUAAAGAAAAACUAACAGGUCUGUGAGAGCCGGAAUUCUUACUGGUUGGUAGGUGAUCAAAUACUUAUGUCAUGCAAUAAAAUGUUAAAAUUAAUUACUUAAAAAUCAUACAAUGUGAUUUUCUGCAUUUUUGUUUUAGAUUCCGUCUCUUGCAGUUGAAGUGUACCUAUGAUAAAAAUUACAGACCUCUACAUGCUUUGUAAGUAGGAAAACCUGCAAAAUCGACAGUGUAUCAAAUACUUUCUUGAGCAGGGGGACCUUGCGGGCGCUGCAGGAUUUCAGUCCUUCACGGCGUAGUGUGUUACCAAUUGUUUUCUUGGUGACUAUGGUCCCAGCUGCCUUGAGAUUUGACAAGAUCCUCCCGUGUAGUUUUGGGCUGAUUCCUCACCGUUCUCAUGAUCAUUGCAACUCCACGAGGUGAGAUCUUGCAUGGAGCCCCAGGCCAAGGGAGAUUGACAGUUAUUUUGUGUUUCUUCCUAUUGUGAGUAAUCGCACCAACUGUUGUCACCUUCUCACCAAGCUGCUUGGCGAUGGUCUUGUAGCCCAUUCCAGCCUUGUGUAGGUCUACAAUCUUGUCCCUGACAUCCUUGGAGAGCUCUUUGGUCUUGGCCAUGGUGGAGAGUUUGGAAUCGGAUUGAUUGAUUGCUUCUGUGGACAGGUGUCUUUUAUACGGGUAACAAGCUGAGAUUUUUGACAUCUUUGGGCUAUCGAGGAGGGGAGGACACUUCCUUUUGCCUACUAACUAAUUGACACUCCUUGACCACUUAUCGGUUUCCGGGUUAUGGAGGAGAGAGAAUGGAGGACAGUCUUUUGCCCAAACGAGAAUCUCCCACAAUCAGCUCUUAGACAGAGCUACAGUUGAAGUCGGAAGUUACAUUUACAUUUACGUUUACAUACACUUAGGUUGGAGUCAUUAAAACCUGUUUUUCAACCACUCCACAAAUAUCUUGUUAACAAACUGUAGUUUUGGCAAGUCGGUUAGGACAUCUACUUUGUGCAUGACACAAGUAAUUUUUCCAACAAUUGUUUACAGACAGAUUAUUUCACUUAUAAUUCACUGUAUCACAAUUCCAGUGGGUCAGAAGUUUACAUACACUAAGUUGACUGUGCCUUUAAACAGCUUGGAAAAUUCCAGAAAAUGAUGUCAUGGCUUUAGAAGCUUCUGAAAGGCUAAUUGACAUCAUUUGUGUCAAUUGGAGGUGUACCUGAGGAUGUAUUUCAAGGCAUACCUUCAAACUCAGUGCCUCUUUGCUUGACAUCAUGGGAAAAUCAAAAGAAAUAAGUCUGGUUCAUUCUUGGGAGCAAUUUCCAAACACCUGAAAGUACCACGUUCAUCUGUACAAACAAUAGUACGCAAGUAUAAACACCAUGGGACCAUGCAGCCAUCAUACCACUCAGGAUGGAGACGCGUUCUGUCUCCUAGAGAUGAACAUACUUUGGUGCGAAAAGUGCAAAUCAAUCCCAGAACAACAGCAAAGGACCUUGUGAAGAUGCUGGAGGAAACAGGUACAAAAUUAUCUAUAUCCACAGUAAAACAAGUCCUAUAUUGACAUAACCUGAAAGGCCGCUCAGCAAGGAAGAAGUCACUGCUCCAAAACUGCCAUAAAAAAGCCAGACUACGGUUUGCAACUGCACAUGGGGACAAAGAUCGUUCUUUUUGGAGAAAUGUCCUCUGGUCUGAUGAAACAAAAAUAGAACUGUUUGGCCAUAAUGACCAUCGUUAGGUUUGGAGGAAAAAGGGGGUACCUUGCAAGCCGAAGAACACCAUCCCAACCGUGAAGCACGGGGGUGGCAGCAUCAUGCUGUGGGGGUGAUUUGCUGCAGGAGGGACUGGUGCACUUCACAAAAUAGAUGGCAUCAUGAGGAAGUAAAAUUAUGUGGAUAUAUUGAAGCAACAUCUCAAGACAUCAGUCAGGAAGUUAAAGCUUGGUCACAAAUGGGUCUUCCAAAAGGACGAUGACCCCAAGCAUACUUCCAAAGUUGUGGCAAAAUGGCUUAAGGACAACAAAGUCAAGGUAUUGGAGUGGCCAUCACAAAGCCCUGACCUCAAUCCUAUAGGAAAUGUGUGGGCAGAACUGAAAAAGUGUGUGCGAGCAAGGAGGCCUACAAACCUGACUCAGUUACACCAGCUCUGUCAGGAGGAAUGGGCCAAAAUUCACACAAUUUAUUGUGGGAAGCUUGUGGAAGGCUACCCGAAACGUUUGACCCAAGUUAAACAAUUUAAAGGCAAUGCUACCAAAUACUAAUUGAGUGAAUGUAAACUUCUGACCCACUGGGAAUGUGAUGAAAGAAAUAAAAGCUGAACUAAAUCAUUCUCUGUACUAUUAUUCUGACAUUUCACAUUCUUAAAAUAAAGUGGUGAUCGUAACUGACCUAAGACAGGGAAUUUUUACUAGGAUUAAAUGGCUGGAAUUGUGAAAAACUGAGUUUAAAUGUAUUUGGCUAAGAUGAAUGUAAACUUCCAACUUCAACUGUACAUGCAAAUCGCAGGUUGUCAAUGUGUAUCACAGAUUAUCCAUUAUAUUGACCAGAUACUCAAGUGGCUGCUCUAAAAAUGAAAAUAAAUCAGUCUGGAGAAGGCAAGAUCAGGUGGGACCAUUCUAGCCAAUGAUAUAAAGUGUUUUUUCUCAAAGUUGCAGGGAUGUCACCUGUCCCACUUAUAUCAGUACACUUGUAACAACCUAAGCAUUUUGGAACACGUAUUCAAUCAAAUAAGCCACAUGUAGAAAAUUCAAAUUCAACGCUCUUCUCAUUGAUCUCCAUACAAACACUCCUCGCUAGGUGAGUGAAAAAACAAUAAAAGCCACCGGCUGGAGAAAACAGAUUUGGGGCCCAGUUAUCCCUCUCGCUCUAACAAAUCACCCACAGACAGCGAAAAUCUGACAGCUUUCAGACACAGACAGCCAACAGGACAGAUACAGAACACCUAGCUACCAUAUCAAUAUGAUGUUGCUUAACUGUAUUUUAUAUCACAUUGUAUAUCAAAUAUGGAAUUAAUUCAUCUACAACUGAUAGUGCCCAACCACAACAGACUGCAGACAGACAGUGUUGUGUUCAGUACAUAGCCAGUAUCAGUUGGGGUCAAGUCCAUAGUCAAGAUGAGAUGUGUGUAGCAGACCUGCUCUAUUUGAAUUCCACACCAGCUAUGAGGUAUGCUCUCCUAGUGAGACUGUAAAGCUCUCCAUGUGUUGACCAACCGGGCCCCUCACAUACCCGACACACACAUGUCCAAUAGCACAUGGAGUUUGUGUAGAAGGAAAUCAUGAUAUAUUCCAGUUACAAUGAGCUGCUACAUAUUGACUUAGGUAGAUGUACAGUGUGAAUGUUCAGAAUGGCAUGACCAAAUCCACCCAAAUCAACUCAGGGACUUUGAUAGGUUUUGUUAGGUUCUGACAAACAGAGUCAAAAACUAACGGACAACUAGUCAAAGCUCAAACCAAGUUUAUUCACCCACUGGGUCAAACAGUUUACACAAGCACAUAUAUUUAUACCCUCCUUCUAUGCGGUGUCUCCUCCUUGCACAUCUGGACAGCCAAUACAUCUCUGUUGCUAGGCAGGACUUUAUGGUGAUGGUUCUUUCUCACUUCAUCUGACCUGACCUCUGCCCAAAUUCCUCACUCCUCCCUAAUUCACGGCUGUCCUACCUUAUCUGUGACUGAAACCAGACCAUUGCCCUUCUCCUCUCCAUAGGAUACAUGAGAUUUAACAAUGACAUGUUCUGACAGAAUGUAAACUUUCUGCACUCAGUAGAUUUCCAUACACCCAGUUCUAACAUGGUAACAUAAAUAAGGAUAUUUCAAUAUUUCAAGUUGGAACCUAACAAUUUGAAAUCGUCAAACUAACUGAGGAGGUUUCUUUGAAUAACAAGGAAGAUUCAAUAGAGGAAAAAGUGGGGGAAAGUUGUUUUCUUAGUUGGUUCGCUGCGUUCGGGGGAGAUGAAACACGUUGUGCACUUUGAACGAGCGAUAACUCAGACCCUGGAAUCAAGACAAUUGUUUUCCAAAGCUACACUUUCACAGAGCACUGAGCAUUGACCAUUAGUGCACACAGGAUAAGGGUUGAUUACCAAAUGACCAAUAGUACAGAAAAUAUAAACUGAAAAUAUCUCUAAAGCUCUCAUAUUUCUUACAAUAUGUGAAAAUCUAUAUGAUAGAGAUCUGCUAGAGAAAACACCCCUCCCGAGUAGCUAUGCCACUAGAGAUCCUGGUUCGAAUCCAGGCUCUGUCGUAGCCGGCCGCGACCGGGAGACCCAUGGGGCGGCGCACAAUUGGCCCAGCGUCGUCCAGGGUAGGGGAGGGAAUGGCCGGCAGGGAUGUAGCUCAGUUGGUAGAGCAUGGCGUUUGCAACGCCAGGGUUCGAUUCCCACGGGGGGCCAAUGUAUGCACUCACUAACUGUAAGUCGCUCUGGAUAAGAGCAUCUGCUAAAUGACUAAAAUGUAAAAUGUAAAUUUAAUUAUUGUUCACUCCAGAAUACUUUGAUGAACUGUCUGGUGACAGAAACAUUGGUAUAAGAUACCCAUUCAAAUACAUGGGCAUGAAGACAGGAACCUGGAUGAUGAGGUGGCCUUAGAUAUGAUAUUAUUUGGAUGAGGAGAUAUUCUCUGGAAAUUAUAGAGCAGACAAGCGCAUCAGCAUAUUGGUAUAUAGUCAGUAUAGAUUGUCAUUUCUAAAACCACCAAUAAUAGGCUGCGUUAUCCCUAUCCAAACAACUAAAGCAUUUGAGAGGCCUAAAUCGUGAUUUGCCUGUAAAAAGGGAGCUACAGUUAAUUUACCAUUCAUCGACUGCAGUUACAGAGAAUGCAUGGUUGAUCCAUGUGAUCAUUGUGGUUGGUUGGCUGAUCUGAAUAUGUCUCAGGCUGCCACCCUGCCCGGGCCUCUUAAUCUGGCAUAGGGUGCGUACCAAUGGGCAACCUGUUCCUUAUGGGCUCGAGUCAAAAGUAAUACACUAUAUAGGGAAUAGGGUGCCAUUUGAGACGCAACUCAAAGUUGAUAGUGAAAGGAUGCAAUUAGUCAACAAAAGUUACCAGACUGUUCUCUGCGAAUGACUGCAACGUUGACUUACUGGACACUUAGUGUACACUUAACAUUCACCCAUUUUGAAUGUUAUAUUGUUUUUGGGUAUCUCUGAGCGAUGUUCUAUUGAUUCCCAGGGUCAUUUCAUGUUUUCAUGUGUAUCUGCGCUCUUGCCGUUCACGCAGGCAUAAAUGCAGCUGGUAUGACGUAGCAUUGUGAUAAAGCUGCUAUCACUACACUGGAAGUUAAUAGGAAGAUAACCUUUAGAAUAAUGAUGAGUGAGAAAGUUACAGAUGCACAGAUAUCCUACCCCCCCCCCCCCCCCCCCCCCAAAAAAAAAUAAUAAUAAAAUAAAAUAAAUGCUAACCUCCCCUGUUAUUGUAAUGGUGAGAGGUUAGCAUGUCUUGGGGGUAUGAUAUCUGUGUGUCUAACUUUGUCACUCAUCAUUAUUCAUGAUUCAUUCAGAACUAUCCGUAAUCAUGGUAGCAUCCACAUUAACGUAGAAGUAUUUAGAAACAUAUUAUAUUCUUAUUUACAAUAAAAGUGACUCCAAAAUGUCACAAUACAUUAUUUGACAUUCAUUUCUAUUGGGCAGAAAAUAAUCUGAAACACAACCAAAACAAACAGCAAAUGCAUCCAACAAGUUUGUAGAGUCAAAAGCUUGAUGUAAAGUGCUGGAGUACAGAGCCAAAACAACAACAAAAUUGUCACUGUCCCAAUACUUUUGGAGCUCACUAUACAGUGCAUUCUGAAAAUAUUCAGACCCAUUGACUUGUUCCACAUUUUGUUACGUUACAGCCUUAUUCUAAAAUUGAUUAAAUAGUUUUUUCCCCUCAUCAGUCUACACACAAUACCCCAUAAUGACAAAGCAAACACAAGUUUUUAGAAAUUGUUGCAAAUCUUUAAAACUGAAAUAUUACAUUUACAUAAGUAUUCAGACCCUUUACUCAGUACUUUGUUGAAGCACCUUUGGCAGCGAUUACAGCCUUGAGUCUUCUUGGGUGUGAGGCUACAAGCUUGGCACACCUGUAUUUGGGGACUUUCUCCCAUUCUUCUCUACAGAGCCUCUCAAGCUCUGUCAGGUUGGAUGGGGAGUGUCCUUGACCAAGGCCCUUCUCCCCCGAUUGCUCUGUUUGGCCGGGCGGCCAGCUCUAGAAAGAGUCUUGGUGGUUCCAAACUUCUUCCAUUUAAGAAUGAUGGAGGCCACUGUGUUCUUGGGGACCUUCAAUGCUGCAGACAUUUUUUGGUACCCUUCCCCAGAUCUGUGCCCGACACAAUCCUGUCCCAGGAUCUACGGACAAUUCCUUCGAUCUCAUGGCUUGGUCUUUGCACUUACAUGCACUGUUAACAGUGGGACCUUAUAUAGACAGGUGUGUGCCUUUCCAAAUCAUGUCCAAUCAAAUAAAUGUAUCACAGGUGGACUCCAAUAAAGUUGUAGAAACAUCUCAAGGAUGAUCAAUGGAAACACAAUUUCGAGUUUCAUAGCAAAGGUUCUGAAUACUUAUGUAAAUAAGGUAUUUCUGUUUUUAACUUGUAAUAAAAACCUGUUUUCGCUUUGUCAUUAUGGGGUAUUGUGUGUAAAUUGAUGAGGACAGUUUUCAUUUAAUCUAUUUUAGAAUAAGGCUGUAACGUAACAAAAUGUAGAAAAAGUAUAUAUACACUGAGUGUACAAAACAUUAUGAACACCUGCUCUUUCCAUGACAUAGACUGACCAGGUGAAUCCAGGUGAAAGCUAAUAUCCCUUAUUGAUGUCACUUGUUUAAUCCACUUCAAUCAGUGUAGAUGAAGGGGAGGAGACAGGUUAAAUAAUGAUUUUUAAGCAUUGAGACAAUUGAGACAUGGAUUGUGUGUGUGUGCCAUUCAGAGUGUGAAUGGGCAAAACGAAAUGUUUAAGUGCCUUUGAACGGGGUAUGGUGGUAAAGUGCCAAGCGUACUGGUUUUUGUCAAGAACUGCAACUCUGCUGGGUUUUGUAGUUGGUGGAAAUUCAAAUCCAUUAUUAUAUAGAAAUUAUGUUGAAUAAUAAUAAACUACAUUUAUCAAUCUGACUCCAUUAUCAUGUUAACACUAUAGGCCAAUAAUCGUAUUCAGAGGGUAUAGCCAAGGUUGCGUCACCACUCGGAAUACUAUAAGAUGCAUGUGUCUAGGUUUACCGUUAUGCAAUUAUUAAGAGGCUGAGGAACAAGGAGCUAAUAUCUUGUAAUCGAUGUCUUAGCAUACAAUUAUUGAGUUAACCUUAGCUCGGAGAUGCACAGUUAGAGACCAAGCAUAUAUGCUGUGUAUUGUGAAUAACAUUUACCAUUAGACAUUUCACCAAAUAAUAAUUAUAGCAAUAUUACUCAGAAAUAUGGACUACGGUUCAUAUCCAUUUAAAAGUAAUCAGAUGUAUUACAGUUACACAAUAAGAAUACAAUUAACAAGUGGUACACACCAGAAAUCUUCAAGAUAAAAAGAAUACAAAAUAUGUAAUAAUUCACCACUAUGACAUACAAACAUACAUCAGGAGAUUGGUAAACCAAUGACUCCAUGAUCAAAGUUUUAACCCAGCUUUAAUUCUUCCAAGAACGCCAACUCCCAGUAUCUCCUAUCUAAUUAACAUCACUUUUCAUGGCCUAAAACAUUAAAACGAAGGCAUGAAAACAACACACAAAUUAUUGGAUCUAAUCACCACACCUCAACACUGUAUGAUAAGAGCACACCCCUGUGUUGCUCCUCUUUCAACUAUCCACCGUCCGACGAACAGAACACAGUUUCUCAGUAACAAUAAAUAGCACUUACAGUACAAGAAACAUAUCAAAAUUCAUAGCUCUUUAUGAACUCUUGAAACAAUUCAAACAUGACAAUUUAAUUCACACAGUAACAUUUAAUCGAUUCGAGUUUCAUCAGUCUUCACACCUCUCCUGGCUUCAGUGACCCCAGGACUACUGUGGGAAUUGUUGGCUGCUUUUCCUUCACUCUGCGGUCCAACUCAUUCCAAACCAUCUUAAUUGGGUUGAGAUCAGGUGAUUGUGGAGGCCAGCUCAUCUGAUGCAGCACUCCAUCGCUCUCCUUCUUGGUCAAAUAGCCCUUACACAGCCUGGAGGUGUGUUUUGGGUCAUUGUCCUGUUGAAAAACAACUGAUAGUCCCACUAAGCGCAGACCAGAUGGGAUGGCGUAUCGCUGCAGAAUGCUGUGGUAGCCAUGCUGGUUAAGUGUGCUUUGAAUAAAUCACAUACAGUGUCACCAGCAAAGCACCCCCACACCAUCACACCUCUUCCUCCAUGAUUCAUGGUGGGAAGCACACAUGCAGAGAUUCUCUGUUCACCUACUCUGCGUCUCACAAAGACACAGCAGUUGGAACCAAAAAUUUGGACAUCAGACCAAAGGACAGAUUUCCACCGGUCUAAUGUCCAUUGCUCGUGUUUCUUGGCCAAAGCAAGUCUCUUCUUCUUAUUGGUGUCCUUUAGUAGUGGUUUCUUUGCAGCAAUUCGACCAUGAAGGCCUGAUUCACUCAGUCUCCUCUGAACAGUUGAUGUUGAGAUGUGUCUGUUACUUGAACUUUGUGAAAAAUGUAUUUGGGCUGCAAUCUGAGGUGCAGUUAACUCUAAUUAACUUAUCGUCUGCAGCAGCGGUAAUUCUGGUCUUCCUUUCCUGUGGCGAUCCUCAUGAGAGCCUGUUUCAUCAUCAUCAGUUUUCAUCAUCAUAGCGCUUUAUGGUUUUUGCGACUGCACUUGAAGAAACUUUCAAAGUUCUUGACAUUUUCCGGAUUGACUGACCUUCAUGUCUUAAAGUAAUGAUGGACUGUCAUUCCUCUUUGCUUAUUUGAGCUGUUCUUGCCUUAAUAUGGACUUGGUCUUUUAACAAAUAGGGCUAUCGUCUGUAUACCACCCCUACCUUGUCACAACACAACUGAUUGGCUCAAACGCAUUAAGAAGGAAAUAAAUUCCACAAAUUAACUUUUACCAAGGCACACCUGUUAAUUGAAAUACAUUCCAGGUGACUACCUCAUGAAGCUGGUUGAGAGAAUGCCAAGAGUGUGCAAAGCUGUCAUCAAGGCAAAGGGUGGCUACUUUGAAGAAAAUAAAAUAACAUAUUUUUUUAUUUGUUUAACACUUUUUUGGUUACUACAUGAUUCCAUAUGUGUUAUUUCAUAGUUUUGAUGUCUUCACUAUUAUUCUAUAUUGUAGAAAAUAGUUCAAAUAAAGAAAAACCCUAGAAUGAAUAGGUGUGUCCAAACUUUUGACUGGUUUAAUUGAACAGUGAGAGACAGAAUAACAACAAAAAAAUCCAGAAAAACGCAUGUCAAAAUGUUAUAAAUUGAUUUGCAUUUUAAUGAGGGAAAUAAGUAUUUGAACCCCUCUCAAUCAGAAAGAUUUCUGGCUCCCAGGUGUCUUUUAUACAGGUAACGAGCUGAGAUUAGGAGCACACUCUUAAAGGGAGUGCUCCCAAUCUCAGCUUGUUGCCUGUAUAAAAGACACCUGUCCACAGAAGCAAUCAAUCAAUCAGAUUCCAAACUCUCCACCAUGGACAAGACCAAAGAGCUCUCCAAGGAUGUCAGGGACAAGAUUGUAGACCUACACAAGGCUGGAAUGGGCUACAAGACCAUCGGCAGCAGCUUGGUGAGAAGGUGACAACAGUUGGUGCGAUUAUUCGCAAAUGGAAGAAACACAAAAGAACUGUCAAUCUCCCUCGGCCUGGGGCUCCAUGCAAGAUCUCACCUCGUGGAGUUGCAAUGAUGUGAGAACGGUGAGGAAUCAACCCAGAACUACACGGGAGGAUCUUGUCAAUGAUCUCAAGGCAGCUGGGACCAUAGUCACCAAGAAAACAAUUGGUAACACACUACGCCGUGAAGGACUGAAAUCCUGCAGUGCCCGCAAGGUCCCCCUGCUCAAGAAAGCACAUAUACAGGGCCGUCUGAAGUUUGCCAAUGAACAUCUGAAUGAUUCAGAGGAGAACUGGGUGAAAGUGUUGUGGUCAGAUGAGACCAAAAUCGAGCUCUUUGGCAUCAACUCAACUCGCCGUGUUUAGAGGAGGAGGAAUGCUGCCUAUGACCCCAAGAACACCAUCCCCACCGACAAACAUGGAGGUGGAAACAUUAUGCUUUUAAUAUGCCAUUUAGCAGACGCUUUUAUCCAAGGGGUGUUUUUCUGCUAAGGGGACAGGACAACUUCACCGCACUGAAGGGAAGAUGGACGGGGCCAUGUACCGUCAAAUCUUGGGUGAGAACCUCCUUCCCUCAGCCAGGGCAUUGAAAAUGGGUCGUGGAUGGGUAUUCCAGCAUGACAAUCACCCAAAACACACGGCCAAGGCAACAAAGGAGUGGCUCAAGAAGAAGCACAUUAAGGUCCUGGAGUGGCCUAGCCAGUCUCCAGACCUUAAUCCCAUAGAACAUCUGUGGAGGGAGCUGAAGGUUCGAGUUGCCAAACGUCAGCCUCAAAACCUUAAUGACUUGGAGAAGAUCUGCGAAGAGGUGUGGAACAAAAUCCCUCCUGAGAUGUGUGCAAACCUGGUGGCCAACUACAAGUAGCGUCUGACCUCUGUGAUUGCCAACAAGGGUUUUGUCACCAAGUACUAAGUCAUGUUUUGCAGAGUGGUCAAAUAUUUAUUUCCUUCAUUAAAAUGCAAAUCAAUUUAUAACAUUUUUGACAUGCAUUUUUCUGGAUUUUUUUGUUGUUAUUCUGUCUCUCACUGUUCAAAUAAACCUACCAUUAAAAUGAUAGAUUGAUCAUGUCUUUGUCAGUGGGCAAACGUACAAAAUCAGCAGGGGAUCAAAUACUUUUUCCCCUCACUGUAUAUAUAUAUACUACCGUUCAAAGGUUUGGGGUCACUUAGAAAUGUCCUUGUUUUCAAAAUAUUUUUUGGUCCAUUAAAAUAACAUCAAAUUGGUCAGAAAUACAGUGUAGACAUUGUUAAUGUUGUAAAUGGCUAUUGUAGCUGUAGAUUUUUAAUGGAAUAUCUACAUAGGCGUACAGAGGCCCAUUAUUAGCAACCAUCAGUCCUGUGUUCCAAUGGGACGUUGUGUUUGCUAAUCCAAGUUUAUCAUUUUAAAAGGCUAAUUGAUCAUUAGAAAACCCUUUUGCAAUUAUGUUAGCACAGCUGAAAACUGUUGUGCUGAUUAAAGAAACAAUAAAACUGGCCUUCUUGAGACUAGUUGAGUAUCUGGAGCAUCAGCAAUUGUGGGUUCGAUUACAGGAUCAAAAUAGCCAGAAACAAAUAACUUUCAUCUGAAACUCGUCAGUCUAUUCUUGUUCUGAGAAAUGAAGGCUAUUCCAUGCGAGACAUUGCCAAGAAACUGAAGAUCUCGUACAACGCUGUGUACUACUCCCUUCACAGAACAGCGCAAACUUGCUCUAACCAGAAUAGAAAGAGGAGUGGGAGGCCCCGGUGCACAACUGAGCAAGAGGACAAAUACGUUAGAGUGUUUAGUUUGAGAAACAGACGCCUCACAGGUCCUCAACUGGCAGCUUCAUUAAAUAGUACCCGCAAAACACCAGUCUCAACGUCAACAGUGAAGAGGCGACUCCGGGAUGCUGACCUUCUAGGCAGAGUUGCAAAGUAAAAGCCAUAUCUCAGACUGGCCAAUAAAAAUAAAAUAUUAAAGAUGGGAAAAAGAACACAGACACAGGACAGAGGAAGAUUGGAAAAAAAGUGUUAUGGACAGACGAAUCGAAGUUUGAGGUGUUCGGAUCACAAAGAAGAACAUUUGUGAGACGCAGACCAAAUGAAAAGCAUGGUGGAGGCAAUGUGAUGGUCUGGGGGUGCUUUGGUAGUGGUAAAGUGGGAGAUUUGUACAGGGUAAAAGGGAUCUUGAAGAAGGAAGGCUUCAUUCCAUUUUGCAACGCCAUGCCAUACCCUGUGGACGGCGCUUGAUUGGAGUCAAUUUCCUCCUACAACAGGACAAUGACCCAAAGCACAGCUCCAAACUAUGCAAGAACUAUUUAGGGAAGAAGCAGUCAGCUGGUAUUCUGUCUAUAAUGGAGAGGCCAGCACAGUCACCAGAUCUCAAUUUGAGCUGUUGUGGGAGCAGCUUGACCGUAUGGUAUGUAAGAAGUACCCAUCAAGCCAAUCCAACUUGUGGGAGGUGCUUCAUGAAGCAUGGGGUGAAAUCUCUUCAUAUUACCUCAACAAAUUGACAACUAGAAUGCCAAAGGUCUGCAAGGCUGUAAUUGCUGCAAAUGGAGGAUUCUUUGACGAAAGGACACAAUUAUUAUUUUAAUUAAAAAUCAUUAUUUCUAACCUUGUCAAUGACUACAUUUCCUAUUCAUUUUGCUAUAUUUCCCAUUCAAACUAAUUUCAUGUAUGUUUUCAUUGAAAACAAGGACAUUUCUAUGUGACCCCAAACUUUUGAACGGUAGUGUAUAUAUACACAAUUUCAAAGAUUUUACUGAGUUACAGUUCAUAUAAGGAAAUCAGUCAAUUGAAAUAAAUAAAUUAGUCCCUAAUCUAUGAAUUUCACAUGACUGGGAAUAAAGAUACCUAUCUGCUGGUCACAGAUACCUUUAAAAAAUGUUAGGGCCGUGGAUCAGAAAACCAGUCAGUAUCUGGUGUGACCACCAUUUGCCUCAUGCAGCGAGACACAUCUCCUUCACAUAGAGUUGUUCAGGCUGUUGAUUGUGGCCUGUGGAAUGUUGUCCCACUCCUCUUCAAUGGCUUUGCGAAGUUGCUGGAUAUUGGCAAGAACUGGAACACGCUGUCGUACACGUCGAUCCAGAGCAAUCAUUUACAUUACAUUUACGUCAUUUAGCAGACGCUCUUAUCCAGAGCGACUUACAAAUAGGUGCAUUCACCUUAUAGCCAGUGGGAUAACCACUUUACAAUUUUUUUAUAUUUUAUAUAUAUAUAUUUUUUAUUAUUUAUUAUUAUUAUUAUUAUUAUUAUUAUUAUUAUUAUUAUUAUUAUUAUUAUUAUUAUUUGUAUUAUUUUUUUUGGGGGGGGGGGGGUAGAAGGAUUACUUUAUCCUAUCCCAGGUAUUCCUUAAAGAGGUGGGGUUUCAAAUGUCUCCGGAAGGUGGUGAGUGACUCCGCUGUCCUGGCGUCGUGAGGGAGCUUGUUCCACCAUUGGGGUGCCAGAGCAGCGAACAGUUUUGACUGGGCUGAGCGGCAAUCAAAACAUGCUCAAUGGGUGACAUGUCUGGUGAGUAUGGAGGCCAUGGAAGAACUGGGACAUUUUCAGCUUCCAGGAAUUGUGUACAGAUCCUUGCGACAUGGGGCCGUGCAUUAUCAUGCUGAAACAUGAGGUGAUGGUGGUGGAUGAAUGGCACGAGAAUGGGCCUCGGGAUCUUGUCACGGUAUCUCUGUACAUUCAAAUUGCCAUCAAUAAAAUGCAAUUGUGUUCGUUGUCCGUAGAUUAUGCCUGCCCAUACCAUAACCCCACCGCCACCGUGGGGCACUCUGUUCUCAAUGUUGACAUCAGCAAACCGCUCACCCACACGACACCGCACACACUCUCUGCCAUCUGCCCGGUACAGUUGAAACUGGGAUUCAUCCAUGAAGAGCACACUUCUCCAGCAUGCCAGUGGCCAUCGAAGGUGAGCAUUUGUCCACUGAAGUUGGUUAUGAUGCCGAUCGGCAGUCAGGUCAAGACCUUGGUGAGGACGAAGAGCACGCAAAUGAGCUUCCCUGGGAUGGUUUCUGACAGGUUGUGCAGAAAUUCUUCAGUUGUGCAAACCCACAGUUUCAUCAGCUGUCCGGGUGGCUGGUCUCAGACGAUCCCGCAGGUGAAGAAGCUGGAUGUGGGGGUCCUGGGCUUGCUUUGUUACACGUGGUUUGCGGUUAUGAGGCCGGAUGGACGUACUGCCAAAUUCUCUAAAACAACAUUGGAGGUUUAUGGACAUUCCUACAGUCAGCAUGCCAAUUGCACUCUCCCUCAAAACUUGAGACAUCAGUGACAAAACGGCACAUUUUUGAGUAGCCUUUUAUUGUCCCCAGCACAAGACGCACCUGUGUAAUGAUCAUGCUGUUUAAUCAGCUUCUUGUUAUACCACACCUGUCAGGUGGAUGGAUUAUCUUGGCAAAAGAGAAAUGCUCACUAACAGGGAUGUAAACCAAUUUGUGCACAGAAUUUUAGAGAAAUAAGCUUUUUGUGUCUAUGGAAAAUUUCUGGGAUCUUUCAUUUCAACUCAUGAAACAUGGGACCAACACUUUACAUGUUGCGUUUAUAUUUUUGUUCAGUGUAUAUAUGUUGUUUAUUUGUAUGUGUUGGGCUUUAGCUGAGAUUAUUCUUUAGAGUCAAGUAUAUUUGUCCAGGCCUCAAUUGUUCCUUGACUAGCACCAUUCAUUCUCGCUGUCGAUAAUUCUAAUAGUAACCAUAUCCACUGGCGGAUUGGGAGAGAGUGGGGUGAUUGCCAUCUAAGAGCCAACAUGUUUUUUGCACCAGUGCUGCCUGUCAGUAGUAGUCGUCUCUCUGAUUGAUUGAGAGAUUCAAGGAGCUAUCAUAGUUAAGUAACAUAGCAGAUGCAAUGCAUUGAAUAUUUACAAUAAUGUACUUCAAAAUGAAUUUAGUAACUUUGCCCCAGAAGCAAUUAACUGCAGGGCACUCCCACAUCAUAUGAAGGAAUGUGCCUACCUGAUUUAGGGGACACAGUGAGGAGUUGGGGACAAUUUCAUCCUAAAACAUUUCCUUGGUGUUAAAUACAGUCUGUGAACAAACUUAAAAUGUAUAAGUUGAUGGUUCGGAUAACGGGAUGCCUAGGUCAUAUUUUUCCAUAUUCUGUUUCACUUAAAGGGUUGUUCAGAUUCAUUUAGAUCUGUGGAUCAUAUUUGUUUAAUGGCUAGCUCAGAAUAUGAGCUUUCCAAAAGUUGUUUAUAUAUUAUAGAGAUCAGUCCUUUCGGGAGCCCAGAUAAUGUAUUUAUAAAUCUCUUCAUCGGCUGGUUUGGUAGUUGGGUUUCCCAAGGGACUCUAUAGGCCAGCAUAGCUAACCUUAGUUGUAAAUAUAGAAAAAAGGAGUUGCCUGGUAAUGUGUAUGUGUCAUUCAAAUCUUGGAAUGUUCCCAUGAUAUCGGCAAGGGUACGGAUUCCACAUUUGGACCAUUGGGGGAAUGCAAAAGGCUGCCCUCCAGAUCGCACAUAAUUAUUCUGAAAUAUUGGAGUAUGGGCAUGCCAUUUUGAUUCCCAGUUACAUUGUUUUUCAAUUUCGAAAAUAGGACCAAAGCAUAGUUUACAUUGUUUAAGGGUAUAUAUCAGUGAAGACCACCUAUCCCAGGGCAAUAGGAGACACCAUAUUUCUCUCCAUACUCAGCCAGGGGGCAGAAGAAUCAUGUCUAAACCAAUUUAGGAUGGGACGAAAUGCUAGUGCCUGGAAAUACAAUUUAAAGUUUGGUACGGAUAGUCCUCCUACGUCUUUCCCUUUUUGCAAGUUUGUUAAUUUUAUCCGGACUCGCAUACUUUGCCAUGUACAUUUUGAGGCCGACGUUAUUCCUUAUUCAGUAUGUCAGAGAGCCAUGAUUGUUCUACAUAGCAUUUUCUAUCUGAACGUUUCAAAACGUUGCAUACUGCUGAACGCGCUAAUGAGGUAACAUUACUGAAGAAGGUGUAGCCUAAACAAAUGGUUAAUGGUCCGGUCCGCAUGUAGCCUAGUUUUAGAACGGUCCGCUAUAUACUUUAUGAAUGUAAAAUGCGGCCUGCCAAUGCACGAUAGAGAGAAAAAACAUAGCUCUGGUGUUAUGGGUCAUGUCUUUUGAACGGUAGCCAUGCUAGCCGGGCUAGAAUCAAGCCGUUUUCUCUGAGGAAAAGAGGAAGACUUGGCUACCUUGGCUACAGAACCUGUAUAUGAAAUGUAGUGGGAAAACUGGGAGGGUUGAGCGAGACUACAAAUUCAAAGAGACUACUUUUCUAUAGGCUACUCAAUGGAGAGAAAAACAUAGGCAAACUGUUGUUUAACGAUUAAACUCAAUGUUGCUUUUGUUUUUAUUGUUGUUACUGAUUGUCCUGCUGACAAUCUUGAUUAUUAUUAUUUUAAUGAUGUUAAUAUUGUAAAUUAAUUACUUAAUUUCCAAAGUACUCUUUGGCAAUAUGUACAUUGUUACGUCAUGCCAAUAAAGCAAUUGAAUAGAGACAAAGAGAGAGAGAGAGAGAGAGAGCGAGAGAGAGAGAGAGAGAGAGAGAGAGAGAGAGAGAGAGAGAGAGAGAGAGAGAGAGAGAGAGAGAGAGAGAGAGAGAGAGAGAGAGAGAGAGAGAGAGAGAGAGAGAGAGAAUUUGUGGGUACAUUUAGGUGUCUCUUGAGAUUAUUUACUCAUCGUCUGAGGGUGAGUUCUACUUUCACGCCUCAGUAGAGCAGCUCCUUCAGCAGACACACACUCACCUAAAAUGAAUAGUCCACGGCCUUACCUCAUCUCCUCUGGUGUGUGUGCAGAACACAUCAGUUCACUCCUCUUGUAUAGUUAUUCAGCUAUGACUUUCAAAAGGAGGAAAUCACAGAUUUGUAUUACAAACUUCAAUGUAAUUCAGAAGUAUGACAGGGUAGUAGACAGUCUAGUACUAUACCAUGGAUUGCAAAACACGGUGUAUACAAGUCAAUCACAGACGUGAUUUUCAGAAUAUAAGUCAGCCAGCCAAGAUGUUGAGCAUGUUGGGUUUACUUUAUCAUGGGUUUGUUCAUUGAAUGACAAAACCACAUUUGUGACAAGUUGCAGAUGUUGGCUUGUUCCAAAAACAAUUUGUAGUGCAGGACACAAAUGUCUUCUAUUGAUUCAAAGUCAAGAAAGAAAGCAGUUGGAAGCAUAUUUACAUCUUAGUCAUUUAGCAGACACUCUUAUCCAGAGCAACACUACAGUUAGUGAGUGCAUACAUUUUUUCUCCUGUGGGAAUCGAACCCACAACCCUGGCAUGGCAAGCGCCAUGCUCUACCAACUGAGCUACACGGGACCACAUAUAAACAGGGAACACAGAAAAGUAUGCACUAAAUCUCCAACAAUUGUUGCUCCAUACACACACGCACACACACCAAACCAGUAUACUUUAACCCCUCAUUCUUGUCUUAGCUACAAGCAUGUGGUGACACGGCGGCGCGCAGGCACGGCGGUGGUGGUGUGCUGGAUGGUUGCCAUAGUGGUUGGCCUGACACCCAUGCUGGGCUGGAACAACCUGCUGAGUCUCCGUGACAACGACUCCCUGGUGACCCAUGACCUCUUAGUGAUGUGUCGGUUUGAGAACGUCAUCAGCAUGGACUACAUGGUCUACUUCAACUUCUUCGGCUGGGUGCUGCCUCCCCUCGUCCUCAUGCUGCUAAUCUACGCUGAGAUCUUCUACAAGAUACACCACCAGCUCAACAAGAAGGUAGCACACGUUCUAGAAAGUACCUGUCUUGAGAAUCAGAUGACUAGAACAGAGUAACCCUACCUUCUUUACCAUGAGCUAUGUGCAUUGUCUCUACUGUAUGUGCAAGUAUGAUCUAUGCUGAGGUAUUAUAUGAUCCAAUGCCAGCUCAGUAAGAACAUUAGCCUGAUCUAGUUUUACCAGUGUCUUGCCAAGGUUAGCUUGAGCUAGUCUUUCCAAUGUCUUGCCAAGGUUAGCUUGAGCUAGUCUUUCCAAUGUCUUGCCAAGGUUAGCUUGAGCUAGUCUUUCCAAUGUCUUGCCAAGGUUAGCUUGAGCUAGUCUUUCCAAUGUCUUGCCAAGGUUAGCUUGAGCUAGUCUUUCCAAUGUCUUGCCAAGGUGAGCUUGAGCUAGUCUUUCCAAUGUCUUGCCAAGGUUAGCUUGAGCUAGUCUUUCCAAUGUCUUGCCAAGGUUAGCUUGAGCUAGUCUUUCCAAUGUCUUGCCAAGGUUAGCUUGAGCUAGUCUUUACAAUGUCUUGCCAAGGUUAGCUUGAGCUAGUCUUUCCAAUGUCUUGCCAAGGUUAGCUUGAGCUAGUCUUUCCAAUGUCUUGCCAAGGUUAGCUUGAGCUAGUCUUUCCAAUGUCUUGCCAAGGUGAGCUUGAGCUAGUCUUUCCAAUGUCUUGCCAAGGUUAGCUUGAUCUAGUCUUGCCAAAGUUAGCUUGAUCUUGCCAACUCCUAUGGUCAUUCUCACAUGGCCUGACAAUGAUCAUAGGAGUUGGCAAGACCGCACAAAAAGUUCUGGGACCAGGUUACAUGAAGGUCACUGACUAGACUAGAGUCAGAUGAAUGGAAUAGAAUGAAACGGGUGCAUUUGAUGAGCAGAGCAGGGAGGUGGAGGGAGAUAGAGAGAUUGAAGGUGAUGGAGGGAGAUAGAGAGAGGUGGAGGGAGAUAGAGGGAGGUUGAGGGAGAUCGAGAGAGGUGGCGGGAGAUAGAGAAUGGUGGAGGGAGAUUAAGAGAGGUAAAGGGGUGUUGAAAUUGUCUGUCCUUUGGCGUAACAGGUCAUUCCCCUCAGGGAUGAUAGCUUAGACAGGCAUAAUGAACACCCAGGAGACGAUGCUGUGCAAAUCAAACACACUUAGAAUAGAAUAACAAAAAAAUUUACAAGAGGGAACGUGUAAGUAUGCAUUACAGAAAUGUAGAGCCUCUGAAUCUAAAGUCUAAAUCCUCUUCUCCCUCCCUCCUACCAAAGGUGUCGGCGAGCCACACAGACCGCAGCCAUUACUACGGUAAGGAGCUGAAACUAGCCAAGUCAUUGGCUCUGGUCCUCUUCCUGUUUGCCAUCAGCUGGCUUCCUCUCCACAUCCUCAACUGCAUCACGCUGUUUUGCUGUGACACGUCCAUGUCAAUCAUCUACAUCGCCAUCCUGCUCACACAUGGCAAUUCCGCUGUGAACCCCAUUGUCUACGCAUUCCGGAUAAAGAAGUUCCAGAAUGCGUUUCGGAAGAUCUGGGAGCAGUAUGUGUUGUGUAGGGACCCGAUAGGCAAGCUGCCCCAGAGAGGGAGUCAGAUGUGCCAGAGCGGAGUGGAGAGGAGGCUGAGGGCGAAUGAUGAUGACAAUUAUGUCUGAUCUGGUGAUGAAGGUCAAAGGGGGCCUUGGUCAUAGGGGGCACAGCUCUGUUGCAUCCCGCACUUUACACUUUGUUUGUAAACCAUCUGUCAACGAUGGCUUUACAGUGGUGGGGUGUUGGAUUGAUCUUGUUGAUCGUGUACAUCCGCUACAAAAGGACUAAGUUAUGAAAACGCUGCUGGCAGCAGAAUCCAAUACAGCAAAGAGUUUCUACUACAAUGCAACUCAAACACGAACGCGAUGGACAUCCCAAUGGCCCAUCUAAUCCCUGAUUGUCUGCGAGUGGAUUACAAACCCAAAUGCAAACGUGGAAAACACAUGGGAAUCAGACUUAGAAAAUGCAAUAAAAUGUCCCUUACCCACCACCUUGCUGAUCAACCCCCAGUCACUUGGGAGAAAGCGAAUGAGCUGUCAGCUAAUCUGCGCUUCCAACAUGAAUACCGGGAGGCCUGUUUGCUGGCGUUUACUGAGACUUGGCUGGAUGACAAGUGGAAGUGGAGCCGGCCGGCUUCACACUGGUCAGAGCGGACCGUGAUCUGACCAUCACAGGGGUAAAUCGAUCCUGGUAAGAGAGAGACCCUGUACACCCGACAUUGAAUUGCUUUCUGUCUCACUUCGACCAUACUAUCUGCCCUGUGAGUUCCCCCAAUUGUUUGUUACAGUUGUGUACAUUCAACCAAAAGCUAAUGUAACAAAGGCAUCAGAGAUUAUUUAUAAUCUGUCACAGAAACUGGAAUCCAUCUCCCCUGAUGCACCCACAUUUAUUUUAGGGGAUUUUAACAACUGCACUUUGCACAAGGUCCUGCGCACGUACCACCAGUAUGUGAAAUGUCACACUAGGAAAAAUAAGACUCUUGAUUUGUGCUAUGGGACAAUACCAAAUGCUUUCUCUUUCCCUGGGGACAUCAGACCACAAUGUUGUCUACCUCCGUCCAAUCUACUGUCGGCUCCUGGAGAGGGAGAACCCUACAGUUAAAACUGUCCAGAUCUGGAACGACAAUAGUAUCACUCGUCUCCAAGGGUGUUUUGACUGUACUAGGAGGUAGGACAAAUGGAAGCAUCAUUACAAAUGUUUGAGAGGGUUGUUGUUAAACAGGCUGAUGUUUUGAAGUUGUUCAGGGGAUGUAAUGCACACAAAAGCCCAGGCCCAGACAAAAUAAGUGGACAUGUGUUGAAGCACUGUGCUGAACAAUUAGCUGGUGUUUUUAACAGACAUUUUCCAAUCCUCGCUCUACCAGCAACACAUGCAAGUAUUGUGGAAAAACUCAAUAAUUAUACCCAUUCCUAAAGCAUCAAAUCCCUCUUUGCUGAAUGACUACUGUCCUGUCGCCUUGACAUCCUUAGUAAUGAAAUGCUUUGAGAAAAUUGUGAAAAGUAAUAUUCUCAGCACCACCCAGAAGCUCCUCGACCCGUUUCAGUUUGCCUAUCAGCCCAGCAGAAGAGCUGAUGAUGACAUUCUUACUCACCUCAACAUGGUCUAUAUAUAUCUAGAGGGCGCCAAAUCCCAUGUCAGGGUUCUGUUUGUUGACUUUUCUUCUGCCUUCAACACAAUCCAGCCUUGUAUUCUGUCACAGAGACUCAUAAGGUACUUCUCCUUAGAUGCGGGGCUGGUUUUGUGGCUGUUGGACUUCCUGAGCCAGAGAUCACAGCGGGUCAAGGUGGGUCCCCACGUGUCGGACAUACACACCACCAACACAGGCUCCCCACAGGGAUGUGUUUUGUUCCCACUCCUGUACAUUUUGAACACUAAUAGUUGUACUAGUUCCCAUCCUGACAGACACCUAGUUAAGUUUGCUGAUGACACUUCCUUGAUCAGCCUGUUGUAUGAUGACGAGGAACACCAUGGCCGGUCCUAAAUGACUUUGUAGAGUGGUGUGACGAAUCACACUUGGUCCUCAAUACCAACAAGACCAAAGAGAUGUGCAUAGACUUCAGGAAGCGAACAACACCUACCUUUGCAACAUCUAUCAGAGGUCAACACAUAGAGAUUGUAGAGGAAUACAAAUAUCUGGGUGUCCUCUUGGACAAUACACUUCAGUAGAGUAAAUGUACAAACCAGAUCUACAAAAAGAGUCAACAGAGACUGUACUUUCUCAAAAAGCUGGGAUCUUUUAAUAUUGACUGUAACACUGACUCUGUUUUACAAAUCUUUCAUUGAGUGUAUUUAAACUUUUUGUAUUGUUUGUGGGUUUGGCAAUGCCACUGUCAGCCAGAAAAAUAUGCUGAGAAAGAUUAUCACCACAGCAAGCAAGGUACUUAGAGUCAAACAGACAGGCUUGGAUGAGAUCUUUAAGGUCAGAGCCCUCAGCAAGACUCACAAAAUCAUUUUAGACCCAAGCCACCCCCUGUAGCCGGACUUUGAACUACUCACCUCUUGGUGCAGGGAUAGGGCGCCCCCUGGCAGGAAUAACAGAACUAGACAAUCAUUUGUGCCAGGUGUGAUAUCCCUCCUAAACAGCUCAGGCUAAUGUUUCUAUCUACCCAGUAAAGCCAGCAGGCUAGUAUAUUUUUAUUGGUAUGUAACUGUUAUGAAUAUUGUAUUGUCAAUUUGUUUUCUACUGUAUUUAAACACCACUUUAAACGUGUACAUGAUACUGCAACAACAUUUCCCCAUGGGGACAAUAAAGUAAGUAAGUAAGUAAGUAAGUGAAGAUGUCAGGAUGUGAACACUUUGGAUUAUUAGAGCAGAAGGAUGUACAUGACAAUGGUUUCUCUGUUGAUUUGCCUGCUGGUUAGAGAAUUAAGAUUGGAUAAAGAGGAGGGGGACCCUAACCUCAGUUUGACCCCACACAGUGAGGGAGUUCUGUCAAGGAAUGUUCCUAACUGAGGGUUGAAGUGUUAACUCACACAGGCUGAACUAAUUAUCCACAGGUGGCUGGGUUCUGAUACUGUAACCGUGGGUGAUCUGAUCCCUCUACAUUCUAGAAUGCAGCAGAAUGGCAUCAUUCCUAUACAACACUAAGGUCCAUCGACUGACAAGACAGGAUGUACUGUCUGACCUGACGUAAGACAACAGAACAGAACAGACCAAUGGAGUGGUCAGGUCAGCAUGGUGAUUAGGAUUCCGAAUUAGAAGGAAGGAGGAACUACUAACAAUGACUUUAACCAUCUCCCAUCGGCUUAGGGAACGAUGUUGUGUAACGGGGAAAAGGGGCAUCCGGCAGGUACCGAUAGGAACCUGUUGAACUAUUAGCAGCACACUGUGACUGUGUCUGAAAUGGCACCUUAUUCCCUAUAUAGUGCACUACUUUUGACCAGAGCAUAUGCGGGCUCUGGUCCCCCAAAAAAGUAGUG